AUGGUAAACAUAAAGUAUAUAAUAAACUUCCUGGAGAUAUACAACGAGGAGCUGAUUGACCUCCUGAUGGACGGAAACGACACGCCGCCUAAGAUAAAGCUGUACGAGAACGUGACGAAGAAAGGCUCGGUCAUUAUCCACGGCCUGGAGGAGGUGACUGUCAGGGGCAAGGCCGAGAUCUUCAGAAUUCUCGAGAAGGGCUCGGAGAGACGACAGACCGCGGCGACGAUGCUCAACUCAAACUCGAGCCGUUCGCACACGGUGUUCUCGAUCACAAUACACACGAAGGAGAACACCAGCGGCGGCGAGGCGCUGCUGAAGACGGCAAAAUUGAACCUGGUGGACCUGGCCGGCAGCGAGCACAUCGGCAGGUCCGGGGCGGUCGAGAAAAGGGCGCGGGAGGCCAAGAGGAUCAAUCAGUCCCUGCUGACCUUGGGCAGGGUGAUAACCGCCCUCGUAGAGAAGGCACCCCACGUGCUGUACCGCGAGUCGAAGCUCACCAGGCUGCUGCAGGAGUCAUUAGGUAGCCGAACGAAAACGUCGAUAAUCGCGACCGUUUCGUCCGCGAGCGGUAAUCUCGAGGAGACGCUGUCGACGUUGGAUUACGCCUACCGGGCGAAGAACAUCACCAAUCGUCCUGAGAUCAAUCAGAUCUGCAAGCGAGCGCUGCUGAAGGAAUACACCAAGGAGAUCGAGAGGCUCAAGAAAGAUCUGGUGGCAACGCGUGAGAGGAACGGCGUCUACGUAUCGUUUAAUGACUACGACGCCAUGCAGACGUUGAUCGAUUGUCAGAGGAAAGAAGUGGAGGAGAAGAAAAAUUAUUGUAAAGUACUGGAAGACGUCAUACAAAAUAAAGAGGUAUGCUUUCGGCGAUAGGGUGACUUUCCCCGCAAUCUUGGCGGAAG